CGCAGCGGCCUCCAUUUUGUCGGUAAAGGCAGGAGAAGGUUGGUCGAAGACGGAACUGUGGUGUGACUCGCUCGUGGGCAGUGUUUGAUCCGUGCAUCGUUUCUCCCUGGGAAGGGAGGGAGGUUUGGGGAUCGAGAGGGAGUCGUCGCGCCGCCGCCGCCCAAACUCGAAGUCGCUAGGACUUCUCUCACACUUGUGUGCUGAGGAGACUCGAUGUUGGCCUCAGCGCCUAGGCUGAAAUCAGCAGAUUGGCUCAUGAAAACUUAUGUAUUGAGACAAAGGAAAGGAUCUAGCCGAAAGCAACAUCUCUUAUCCUGGGCUUGGCAGCAAGGAAGAGGACAAGGAGUGAAGAUCCUGCAAUCUGAAAAGCAGACUGAAAGGUGACAAAGAAGCUCGAGAUGGGAGGUGGAGAGAGGUACAACAUUCCAGCCCCUCAAUCUAGAAAUGUUAGUAAGAACCAACAACAGCACAACAGACAGAAGACCAAGGAUCAGAAUUCCCAGAUGAAGAUCGUUCAUAAGAAAAAAGAAAGAGGACAUGGGUAUGCUCCAUCGGCAGCUGCGUGGCAGGCCAUGCAGAAUGGGGGAAAGAACAAGAGCCUUUCUAACAACCCAAACUGGAAUGCUAGCUUAUCAAGUCCGAGCUUGCUUUUUAAGUCUCAAGUUAACCAGAACUAUGCCGGAGCUAAAUUUAGCGAACCGCCAUCACCAAGUGUUCUCCCCAAGCCACCAAGCCACUGGGUUCCUGUUUCAUUGAACCCUUCAGAUAAGGAAAUAAUGACAUUUCAACUUAAAACCCUACUUAAAGUACAGGUUUAAAAUCCUAAGUACUAAUUUUAAAUUCUGUGAUGUUCAUACGUAGCCAUAAGUUGAUUUGACUUUAGGGAAUUUUUAUAAAAGUGCUAAGUUUACAAGUAUAAGCAGACAUUUGAUUUAUGUCCUGUGUGCACUAUAUUGUAAUAGUGUAGGGAUAGUUUAAUAAUACUUGGUAGUUUUGCUAACUAAAUUCAAGCUUAGAUUUCGGGAACAGUAAUCAGCUUUAUUGUCUAGCAAGAAAACAGGAAAGAAAAAAAAUCAAAUAAGCAUUUAGCUAAGAUAUACAAAGACUCCAAACAAGGUGCACAGUUCAGUUAUGCGUUCUAGGGACACUCAAACUAUAACAUCAUGGGCAUCUUAUAAAAGUUGUACAGUGGUAAAUGUGUAAAGGGCAAUUGGAGCUUAUUAGAAUGAGGCCAAGUAGAUAGCCCAAAAUUUCUUAAAUACAGUUGGUAAGGCAUUUAUACACCAAAUCUUUUCCAAAAACAAAUACUGAAUAGCUUUCAAGUAACAUUUUUAUUCGCUAGCAUCUUCCAUAGCUACUGAGGUGAUCUGGCCUCAUGUCUACAAAGCUUGCUUGAAGCAGGUAGUUAGUUGUGCGUGUGAAAAUUAAAUACGGAAGAAAAGAGCCAUGUAAAUACAUGUAAUGAGCUUGUAACAUAUGUAAAGUUUUUCUGGCCUUUAUUCUACAAAAAGAGACUAUUUUUAGUGUGAAUUUGCUGAAUAUAAGACCAUGAACUGUUUUUUAUACAAUGGCCUAGUUUUAAAGGUCUCCAGUUUUUAAAGAUUGCCCUUGUGCUUAAGUGCCAGUGCAUCGAUGUAAUUGAUGUGAUUGUGACCCAUACAAAGUCAAUUUAUUGUAUUAAGUUUUAAUAUUGAAAGGCUUUAAGCUGCAAUUGCGUUUCCUGUUUUAAAAAAGAAAUGUAAGAUGCAGCAUAAGAUUCUCUCCCUGACCUUUUUAAACCCAAAGACUCAUUUUGGCUUUAUCAAAUUCUGCAAGCAACUGAUGAUUAAGUGUGACCCAGGAUUAAUUUAUGCAAAGUAAUCUUUAGCACGUUUAACCCGAAGAGCAAGUUACUUUUCAGUGCUUAUAAGCAAAGUAGCCAAUUUGUAUUUCCUCAAUUAAGUUCAGACCAGAUACCUCCCAAAUCAAAUAUUGAGUAUCCUAAAGGACAAGUUCAUAAAAUUAUGAUCUGAUUUUGAAGCAUGAAAUUCAGAAAUAAAACUUUUUCCCCCCCAGUAGGUCGUUUUCAUUUAAAUGAUUUGUGGCUGCCUAAUCUUGGAUAUGACUGUUAACCUGUGAGGCUACUGCUUUGCUUACUGUUUGUAAAUCGAGCCUUACUCCUGAGACAGGGUCUCUGAACCAUGAGAUUAAAGGUGUGCACCCAGCUUAGACUAAACUUCCUGUCCUACAGUGCUAACAGCAAAAAAAACGAAACCAAAACAACUUGUGUGACCUUACAAAUGUUAAGUUUAAGACAGUUUAAUAAAAAUUUUCCCCAUUUCGCGA